AUGGAGAAAGAACGGAUUGAGCGCCUCUUCAAAAGGUUAGACAUUGAUCAAGAUGGAAGGAUUGGUCUGAAUGACUUCACGAAGGCAUUGAGUCAGCUGGAUAUUCCGACCACCAAAGAACAGAGAGAGAAUUUUUUUAGCAAGUAUGACGAGAACAAAGAUGGAGUUAUUAAUCUUGAAGAAUUCAUUUCAUACAUCAAAGAGCAUGAAAAAGGAUUGAAGUUAUCAUUUGACUCCUUGGACCACAACAAAGAUGGUUACAUAGAUGCCGACGAAGUGAUCAACACAUUGAAGAAGAUAGGUGUUCAGAUCAGCAGAGCAGAAGCCAUUAAAAUGAUUAAAAGGAUGGAUAAGAAUAACAGUUUGACAAUAAACUGGGAUGAGUGGAGAGAUUAUUUGUUCAUGUCACCUUCAAUUGAUGUCACAGAAAUAUGCAAAAGUUGGAGGCACUCUUUGUCAAUGGACACAGGCGAGCCAGCGGCAGUACCUGAUGACUACACAGAGGCAGAACUUCAAAGUGGUGCCUGGUGGCGACACCUGGUGGCUGGUGGCAUCGCCGGGGCCGUCUCCAGGACCUGCACUGCCCCUUUUGACCGACUCAAACUUACCCUCAUGGUGUACGCCUCACAGAAGAACCCAAUCCAGAUAAUAGGAGGCUUCAGGUACAUGAUCAAGGAGGGGGGCAUAACAUCCCUGUGGAGAGGAAAUGGCAUCAACGUCGUCAAGAUUGUCCCCGAGACUGCCGUCAAGUUCAUGGCCUACGAGCAGGUGAAGAAGUUGAUGGUGCUGAACAACAAUGGCCUCGAGCUUGGAAUCGUUGAGAGGUUUCUGGCAGGUUCAGCUGCUGGAGCCAUCUCGCAAACUGUCAUCUACCCCAUGGAGGUCCUCAAGACACGCCUUUCUCUCAGAAAAACAGGUCAGUUUGAUGGGGUGCUGGACUGUGCCCGAAAGAUAUACGCGAGAGAUGGAUACCACUGUUUCUUCAAAGGCUACCUGACCAACCUUCUCGGGAUCAUUCCAUACGCUGGCAUUGAUCUUGCCAUAUAUGAGCAACUGAAGCACUGGUACAUAGAGAAGUACCCUGACAAGAGGGAGCCUGGCUCUCUGGUGCUACUUGCUUGUGGUACGAUCAGCAGCUCUUGCGGUGCCGUCGCCAGCUACCCAUUGGCGCUUAUCAGGGCCAAACAACAAAUGAAUGUAAGCGUGCAUCAAGUAGAACUGUCACUGGCGGGGCACUUGCGAUACAUCCUCGCAAACGAGGGUCCCCGAGGGCUCUACAGAGGGCUGGCUCCGAACUUUCUCAAAGUGGCCCCAGCUGUCAGCAUCAGUUACGUCGUAUACGAACACGCUAGAAAGUUACUAGGCAUUGAAAUGUCCUGA